CUGCAUCUUUGUAUCAUAUAUACAAAAACCAACAAAGUGAUAAUAAUAUAACACUUAAGAUAAGCCUUAUCGAUAACAGCAUUGUUAAAAUAAAAAUGUGAUACUAGCGGGCGAAUUCGAAUAUUGAUUUAGCGCGUUUUGUUAACCUAAAAGUGAUUAACUGUUUAUAAAAAUAUGUAUAUGGACAUUUUAGCUGGUUUGUUAGUGAUUUUUUUAAGUUUUGUGUAUAUCCAGAAUAAAAAGGAACCCAAGGCAAUAUUUGGGGUGUAUUAUCAACCUGGAAAAUGGUAUUUUAUCAAAUACCCGGUGUUUUUAUUGUUAGUAGUGUUAAGAAGAGUGAAAUAUUAUAUAGUUGGGAAAGAUGGAAUGUUUGAUAUAAAAGAGUUGGAAAAAUGUCAACCUCUCUCUAGCCAUCCGUUGGCUUUUGAUGCGGUAUUUUUCCACGGGGCGGCACAAAAUGGAAUAUUUCUAUGUGGUGGAACGGAACGACGAAAAGAUGGAGUAAUUAAUGGAUUGCUAUAUAUUUUGCAUCCUAAAUAUGGUUUACUGAAAUCAGAGAAACUACCAAAUACCAAACUUCAAGCAGAUUCAGAUGGAUUACAAAAAGGAGAAUGGUCUGCUGAAGGUAUAAACUUCACACCUGUUGAACCAAUGAGGAGGUGGAAUAUUGAAUUCAAAGGAAAAAUGAGACUACACAAUGACCCCGAUCGUCUGGUACAAGUGGAAAUAUCUGCCAAAUGGACCAGCGAUUUACCAUGGAUCAGCUUCGAUCUCGACUUACCCGCUAAAAUGCUCGCCAGAUCCAUAUCCAGAGAACCAUGGUCCAGAGAAAAGUUCGAAAUAAUGAAAGAGGCUCAUCAGACACACUACGAGCAAAUGGGAGAUUUAGAAGGGACUUUAAAAAUUGAUGGCGAAGAACUACCUUUGAAAUUAGAUUCAUUCAGAGAUCACAGCUUUGGUUUUAAAAGAGACUGGACCCUCAUGCACCGCUACAUAUUCCACAUGUUCUAUCUGGAAAAUCAGACGCGCAUAACUUUGGGCGUUAUUUGCCAACCAUGCACGGCAUCCCAUCUCGAAAUGGGCUACGUAGUCCAGGCCAAUGGCAGGGUGGACGUUAUCGAGAGCUGCGACCUUUUGCUGUGGCAGCACGGGGAGACGGGCAAGCCUAGCGACGAGCUCAGUUUCACUUUUACGGCUGGUGACGUGAUCUAUGAAUGCAAAGUUCAAUACGAUCUUACUGUUUCCCAUUUCGUCGGCAACAAUGAAGUGGUGAAGAUGUACGAGAGGUUUCUAACUUGUGAAAUUAAUGGAGUCAAAGGCAAAGGCAUCUCCGAAUGGAACUAUAACAACUUGAGCGGAAAAUUUAAUUUGAACCAGUACGUGUGUUAAAUGUCUAGACGCACACUUAGUUUAGUAGGUUUAACAAUGCACUAAGUAAAUGUAUUUAAAUGGAAAGUUUGUUUAAUGUAAUAAUAAAUGUUUGUUGUUAAAAGUU